AUGGCUGCAAGUCAAAUGCACGACGAUUCGGACGAUAAUCUUUAUCCGAUCGCUGUUCUCAUCGAUGAAUUACGAAACGAAGAUGUGCAGCUUCGGCUGAACAGCAUUCGCAAGUUGUCGACGAUUGCACUCGCAUUGGGCGUUGAACGCACACGAGGGGAACUUAUUCAGUUCCUUACUGAUACUAUUUAUGACGAAGAUGAAGUACUUUUGGCACUCGCUGAGCAGUUAGGAAAUUUUACGCCACUUGUUGGUGGACCGGACUAUGUUCAUUGUCUUUUGCCACCAUUAGAGAAUCUCGCCACAGUUGAAGAAACUGUUGUACGCGAUAAAGCUGUCGAAAGCUUAAGAAAGAUCGCUGACAAGCAUUCAAGCGCUGCUUUGGAAGAAUUUUUCAUUCCUAUGCUUCGACGAUUAGCGACAGGAGAUUGGUUUACCUCACGAACUUCAUCCUGCGGUUUAUUUAGUGUUGCUUAUCCUCGUGUCAGUCCUGCCAUCAAAACAGAAUUGCGCAAUUUAUUUCGUGCCCUUUGUCGAGAUGAUACUCCUAUGGUUCGACGUGCAGCAGCAUCAAAACUGGGUGAAUUUGCUAAAGUUUUUGAAGCCGAUUAUCUGAAGGAUGAAUUGCUUUCUAUGUUCAUGGAUCUUGCACAGGAUGAACAGGAUUCAGUUCGUCUGUGGACUGUCGAAGCUUGUGUUGCUAUAGCCUCAUUGCUUAAUGAGGAACAACGUAAAGAGAUGAUUAAGCCUGUGCUUAUGAAUUUAAUCGAGGAUAAAAGUUGGCGCGUGAGAUACACAGUAGCUGAACGUUUUGUUGAAAUACAAACUGCUGUAGGAAAGGAUAUUGCAGUUAAUGAAUUAUUACCUUCUUUCAAUAAUCUCUUGAAGGACGUGGAAAGCGAAGUGCGAAGUGCUGCAGCUUGCAAAAUACAAGCAUUUUGCGCUGCGCUGCCAGCACCUGGUCGCGAAAAAUCAAUUCUCACUCAUGUGUUGCCUGUGGUUAAAGAAUUGGUCAGUGAUCCUAAUCAACAUGUUAAAACUGCUUUAGCAUCGGUAGUUAUGGGUCUCGCUCCCAUUCUUGGUAAAGAUCUCACUAUGGAACAUCUUCUUCCGAUUUAUUUGACUCUUCUUCGUGAUGAAACUGCUGAAGUCAGGCUCAAUAUCAUAUCAUCGUUGGAUAAGGUGAAUGAAGUUAUCGGCGCAUCGCAGUUAUCUCAGUCACUAUUACCAGCGAUUGUUGAAUUGGCAGAAGAUGGUAAAUGGCGGGUUCGUCUCGCCAUUGUUGAAUUCAUGCCUCUAUUAGCCGCACAACUUGGCCAAGAAUUUUUCGAUGAAAAACUUCUACCUUUGUGUAUGACAUGGUUGACAGAUCAUGUUUACGCAAUACGGCAAGCAGCUACAGGCAUUUUGAAACAGCUUACAGAAAAGUUUGGGCCAGAUUGGGCGAUGAAACAAGUUUUGCCAAAAGUAAUUGUUUUAGCGAAGGAUACAAAUUAUUUGCACCGUAUGACCUGCUUAUUCUGCUUUAAUACGCUUUGUGAAGCAUUGGGCGCUGACCACACUAUAAAAGAAAUUCUUCCGGUUGUGCAACAGCUUAGUGACGAUCAAGUGCCAAAUGUAAGGUUCAAUGUGGCAAAAACAUUGCUGUAUAUUGGUCGUAUUAUAGAUCAAAAUUCUAUAAAUUCUCAAGUCAAACCACUAAUCUCGAAGAUGUGCAGUGAUGCAGAAUUCGAUGUAAGAUAUUUUGCUGAUGAAACAAGAAUGGGUUUGUUUUUAUUAUUUUAA